AUGCCGAAUCAUCCAGAGGAAGGCCAAUUCGAGGCGGACCCGAGAGUACAUAUCGACAAGCUCUCUGGGAGGUACCAAUACGAGGACGAUGAGACAGGUCAGGAGUUUGAGUGGUCCGAGCCUGCAAAAGCUUGGGUACCGGUGAUUGAUGAAGACCAAUGGAAGCAGCAACAAGCUGCUUACUCUGUCGCUGGAGUCGACGAGUCGACUCCCGCCAAUGCUGUUCUUGCUCGAGAGGAGCGGAUAGCCAGCAAGCGGAAGAAGGAUCCUGCAGCACCUAAGGUCAAUGCCCGUGCUUCCUCAUCGAAGACUCAGGCGCCUGCUCAACCUUCUGCGCCUAAAAACACUGCUGUCUGGGUCACCAAUCUUCCGCCCGAUACGACCCCAGAGAAGCUAGCUUCCGUCUUUUCUAAAGCUGGAGUAUUGAUGAUUGGAGACGACGGCGAACCUCGGAUCAAGAUGUAUCACGAUGACGAUGGGAGAUUUCGAGGCGAGGCAUUGGUUAUGUACUUCAAGGAAGGCAGUGUAAGCCUCGCUAUCACGCUUCUGGACGACACAGAGUUGGAGCUUGGGGCUGGACAUGGGACCAUGAAAGUCAGGGAAGCGCAAUACGGAUCUGGCGCACAGGAUACCACAUCAUCUGGGGCCGGAGCGUCAGGGUCCAAUGGCCAGAACAAAGCCGAGUCUUCCUCAACCUUGGCGCAGAAUGGCACGGAGAAUGGAGAAGCAAAGAAGAAGAAGAGGGGACCGACAGCAGAGGAGAAACAGAGGAUGACCAAGAGGAUCCGAAGGAUGCAAGAUAAACUCACAUGGCAUUCCGAUUCCGAUUCCGACGACGCUGGCGCGCCAGCUGAGGGUGCUCCAAAACCCGGCGCAAAUCGGAUGAACCGUGUGGUCGUUUUGAAAGGCAUGUUUGUGCCUGCAGAUUUGGAGAAGAACCCGGCGUUGCUUCUAGAGCUCAAGGAAGACGUGAGGGACGAGGCAGAGACUCUGGGGACGGUCACCGCGGUGACGUUGUACGAUAAGGAGGAAGAUGGAGUCAUGACCAUCAAGUUCGCAGAAGCAGUCUCUGCUGAAGCUUGCGUCCUCAAGAUGAAUGGACGAUUCUUUGACGGUCGCAAGAUUUACGCAGGAAUAUACGGUGGCAGAGAGAGGUAUCGAAAAUCGGGUGUGGGAGACCUGGAUGAGGAUUCAGACAAGGAAGCCGAGAGAUUAGACAAAUUUGCACAGUGGCUAGUGGAUGGCGAUGAGGAUGAUGACAUCUGA